AUGAUCAUCAAGAUCCCCGGCCCAUUCAGAGUCCGCAAAAACAUGAAGGGAAAGUGGGGAGGACAGUCGACGGAUGUGAAGACCAACUGUACUCAUCCCAGCGAUGUAAAGCAAGAGGCAUUUAACAUACUGCCAAUAAAUAGUGGUGGGAGCAUGCGUGAAAUGGGAGAGUUUGCUGAUGGCAAAGGCCACAUCAUGACGAGUGGUGAACAGGUACUGAAGUGCACCCAUAACCUGACGAUAAAGAGUCCCAUCGGUCGAAACCGAGCCAUCAAUAAGGAUGAGAUGAGUCAUGGGCGUGAUAGGAGGGGCCAUCAAGGCCUCAUUCAUAUGAAACCAGUGUAG